CUGGUUAUCAUCCUCAUGGCCUUGGACCCUCAUAUCUGCAGACUGUGUCUCCCGCAGUGCUGCACUGUGACAGAUUUGCUUAUCUGAGCAAAGUUUUCAGAAGGCAAAUGGGAAACAACAGCUCCCUGUACAUGUGCAUUCUGUGUUGCGGCUUCUACUUUGUGGAAUGGUAGGCCCGAGGAGCUCAGGAAGAAUUCCACACUUCCAUUCUGCAAACUGCUUAAAACAGAAUUCUGCAGGAGGGCAUCUUUAUAGAGAUCAGAGGUGUAAUAAAAUAGAAUGGUUCAGGACAGAGCUGUUGUACAGGAAACAGGACUGUAGUCUAUUCCUCUGCUUAUUUCCAUCACUCCUCCAUCUCCAUAGCUUGUGCAGGCUCAGGUUACUCUGAGGAUGCUGGUGUUGGACAUCUGGGAUGAACUGCAAGUGCUGAAGAAAGAGCUACGAUGUUGCUUUCCUGAGUCCCUGAAGGUCUAUGGGGCUAUACUGAACAUCUGUCAAGAAAAUCCCUUUCAUCAGGAGGUACUCGUGGAUUCCUGGCCCAGUUUUCGUGUUGUCAUUGCACGGCCCCAAAGAGAGAAAACUCCAUCAGAGACCAGCUAUUUUGCCCGAUCCUGUGCAGUUUUCUACAGGGAGCUGGGUGCCUACCAGCAAUUGGUUAAAGAUACAGAUGCCAUUGACUGGAGCCAAGAAUUCCUAUUGCAGGGGUUGCAGGAUGGUGUGCAUCAGGUGUCUCGGAGUCUAGCUGCUGUCAAAUAUUUCUCUGCAAAGCUGGUGACUCAGACCCAGGUUUUUGUUCUGCAGAAGCCCUUGAAUCUGUCUGCUAGCGUGUCUGUGCUAGGCUCUGAGGUGAAGUUCUCAUCCCUCAAUCUGACCCAUAUCACCCUGCUGAAUGACACUUGGAGCGUAGGUGGCAGUGAGCAGAGCCUCCAGUACCUGACUCAGCUAAUCAGCUCCUUUCCCAGCAGUUGCCUUCUGGAUGCUAGAGGAUGUCCAAUCUCUUGGGUCCUGCUAGAUCAAUUUGGAUGUUUGACCCAUGCUUACACCAUGCCAGCUCACCGGGGCAAAGGCUACAUUCAGCUGGUGAUAGCAGCACUAGCCCAAGAACUAGAGAAGAUGGACUACCCAGUGUAUGGGGAUAUCCUGGAAAACAACACACCUAUGAAGAAAGCCCUACAACGCCUUGGAGCCCACUUUACUUCUUGCUUUCUGUUCUAUGACUUGCACACACCCCUGGUUCUGCAAUAA